AGUUUCUGGGUUUUUGAUCCGCCUGUAUAUUGAUCCGAUGCUUCCUCUACCCUUUUUAUCCCUUUCGUUGCAGGCCGGUUACGAUGCUGCUUUACCCUCUGUAAGUUGGGAGUACCCUGCCCUACUGGUCAACUCUGUUAAUUCUGUCCUUUUAAAAAUUGUGUCAAAGAUGGGUUUAUGUUUAUGUUGAUAUUCGGAGGUCUAGCUGCCCGAUCAGCGAGUCGGGUUCUGAGCUUGGUCUGUAAUCGUUCCUUUGUCAGAUUGGAUUAGCUUUAGACCCACAUGGAGAGUACUUCUCAUACUUCUCUGUAAUUUGUAAUCUCCUCGAUAUAGUGAAACUGGCUCUCUCUCGCCCGUGGACUAGCUAACACACAUUGUGUUAGUGAAUCACGUAAACCGUUUGUCUGUGUUUUUCUAUUCUCGUUUUUUGUAUUCUUGUUUUAUUGAUUCCGGCGAUUUUUCGAUCUUUAGCUGCGCGUUUAUAACAGUUUCAAUUGAAAAUGACUUGUGGGUAUGGGGAACUAAUUUGUUAGGUAUGCGUCAGUGAUGGCGAUAGAGAGCCCUGGUAAGGAGGACGAUGAGCAGUGGCUUGCUUAUUGGAUCAUCUAUUCCUUCAUAACCCUCUCCGAGAUGCUGCUUCAAUCCGUUCUCGAGUGGGUUCCAAUAUGGUACACGGCGAAGCUGGUGCUGGCGGCGUGGCUGGUUCUGCCGCAGUUCAAAGGGGCAGCUUUCUUGUAUGAGCGGUUCGUGAGGGCGCACAUCAGGAAACAUCUCACUAACAAGGGCAGUGGCGCCAAGGGCAAGAGCAAGUUCGUGCAGUUCGUUACCAACAAGAAAGGAGAGCAAGAGGCUUACUGAUUGGAACAACGGCAACAACCAAAGGAACAGACGAAGGACAAACAGAGAAAUCGUUUUAGUAGAAUGGGGGCUUGGUUUGGUUUCCGCUUUCGUUUUAGUUGUUUCUUCUAUUGCAGGCAGCUGCUGUUUUCUUUUGCAGUUUGAGUUAAGGGAAAGGGAUUGUAAUGAGAACUCAAACCGUUUUUAGGAAGCAUAAUUUCUGUAACAAAAGAGGACAAGAAUUCUCACUUUGGCAUAUGAAUAUCAGGUGACACUUACGAGGGCGUUUAACCAUAUAUAUACAAACUCUCAAGCUUCUGUCAUUAGCCGUAACUUCUUGAUGAACAACCAAUUGGCUCGGUUCGGACAUCUGGUCCCAAAACCAAACUCAAAAUAUCGUUUUUGUUAUUAUGUAUUAAAAUCAACACCCGCGACUA